CGAACAACCGCUGGAUCCGAUUCAUUCGGCCUGUUUCUCGUCUGCAACCGAGCACUUCUCUUUGUCUCGCAACAUCCAACGAAAUCGGAUAUUCAGCGUCUGCACCGCCUCCUAGUUCUCUGCUCCCUUCUCGAGUUUCCCAGACGCGCAAUUGAGCGGGCGCAUUUCUCAACACGCCUCGUGAGACACCUUUGACACCCACCCUCCGUACUCUUCCAACGCAGUACGUCGGGCAACCAAUACCAUGCAUCGCACAUAUUCCAUGCGCGCCACGAGGGCGCCAACGGCAUCUCAAAUUCAGAACCCGCCACCACCGCCGUCGAGCACAAAAUCAGGCCGCCUCUUUGGCCGGGGAGGACUGAGACAUGCGCUCCGGCGCAAUGCGGCCGGCGCCUUCGGGCCUGAUCUGGCCAAGAAGCUGUCGCAGCUGGUCAAGAUGGAGAAGAACGUCAUGCGGAGUUUGGAGCUGGUGGCUAAGGAACGGAUGGAGGUCGCCCAACAAUUGUCGCUCUGGGGCGAGGCUUGCGACGAAGAUGUUUCGGACGUCACAGACAAGCUUGGCGUGCUGCUGUACGAGAUAGGCGAGCUCGAAGACCAAUACGUCGACCGAUACGACCAAUACCGCAUCACCAUGAAGAGCAUUAGAAAUAUCGAGGCUUCGGUGCAGCCCAGCAGAGACAGGAAACAAAAGAUUACGGAUCAGAUUGCCCAGCUCAAAUACAAGGAGCCCAACUCGCCGAAAAUUGUCGUUCUUGAACAGGAGCUCGUCCGCGCGGAAGCCGAAUCCCUCGUCGCCGAGGCGCAACUGUCCAACAUCACGCGCGAGAAGAUCAAGGCGGCAUACUCAUACCAGUUCGAUGCCCUGCGCGAGCACUGCGAGAAGGUGGCCAUCAUCGCGGGCUACGGCAAGCAUCUCCUCGAACUCAUCGACGACACCCCCGUGACACCUGGCGAGACGCGCCCCGCAUACGACGGCUACGAGGCCAGCAAGGCCAUCAUCCAGGACUGCGAGGACGCGCUGACCAACUGGGUGACGCAGAACGCCGCCGUAUCGGCCAAGCUGUCGACGCGGGCUCGAACCCUGUCGCAGCGACGCCGCAACAACAUCAGGGCGCGUACCGACGGGCAGUUACAACAGGCCCACGGCCAUGACCUGUCGGCGCAGGAUGCCCCGCUCAGCGACCGCGACGUGUGGGUGCCAGCCGGCCAGCACAACGAGUAUGGUGAUGAGGAGGAGACAGCUGAGGAAGAAGAGUUGGAUGCGCCGAGCCACUCGGUUGUCGAUACCGAGGCCAGUCUGAAUGGCGAGCAUCGCGGGCGCAAUCAUGAGCCGGUUGAUGCCUAGCCUUUGAUAGUGAUGGGCUUCGCCGAAUGCGCGUUCUGCGGCCAUUUUAUUUACUCGAUUGGAUUGUUUGAUGAGGGCAGGCAUAAUAACGAAGGGCGUGGGCAGUGGCGUGGUGGGAGUUUGGGAUGCUGAGGACAGGCGCUUUUUCAUUCUGCAGGAAUCGCGCUGCUUGCCGCGACAUCGAUUACGCGUAAUAGGUAAUGAUGAACCGGGAAAAGGGAUGUAUUGAUGAUAUACGAGAGAACGGGCGGAAUGCCAUACAAAGGGCAAGGUUUCGAUUUGGUGAGGAAUGGGAAAGGUGCUCGAGCACAUGAUGAUCUCUGCGGCCCAUGUUUUGUAGACAAUUAGCGUCGGUUCUUAUGGGCUCGUCGACACAAUCUUGGUUCG